CAAGAAAUGUACAACCCUGGUUUUGAAGAUGAGUUGUAUAAAGAUCGAAACCAAUCAUUUCGAAAAGCUGUUCGCGCUCCAAAGAAAAACCAACGAUAUUUAGCCGAUAAAAGUGAUCUUUAUGAUCCUCAAGACACCAGCACGGCGAGUGAUGUCGGCUACACAACUACCUGGUGGACGAAAUAUAGCUGGAAACGUUUCUUACCAUGGGCACCAAGAGCGAAAGGGUACGUGUCUAGACUGAUAUUAUUCACAUACUGUUUCCCAGUGCCCAGUGUCAUUAAAUUUACACACACUAUUUCAUACUUACAGCCAUGCGGUAAUAACGUACUGUCGAACUCGCCCACAAAAAUUAAACAGGGUGUCAGGGACGUUUGAUUGAACUGGAAUAACCUAGACGGACAGACCUCACGCACAGCAAUAAAAAUUGUGAGAUUUUUACAAUACUAGCUUUAUAUAUUUGGCUGUUAUUAUAUCGUGCAGUGACGACUCUGCAGAUGCAGUGUCUCAUUGACAUUGUUAUCAUUUUGCAUGCAUAUUUGUGGUUAAAUCGCCAGUCGAGCAGUAGCUAGAACGUAUUACUUUGAUCACAUUUGGAAACCAAUAUACAUUUAUUUGUCUGUUCAAACUAUAUGACUGUUAUGAUACACAGAUUACGUCAUUUAUAUGGUAAGGACCACAGGCACUGAGUUUAUUCCGAGUCAGGUAUGUUUAUUAUUCAAGUGCUGCGGAAUGCAGCUUGUCGGAACAGUUAUGUAUAUUGAUUAUUGGCUUCAUUUAUUAUCGAUUGCUUUUCACAAUGAAACGAUUUACAAUCACUUCGUUCUUUAAUAGAAAACCUCGUAGAUCGAGGAGGUCUUCGUAUUUUUGACUCAAUAUUAUCCUGUGGCUGUGAUAUUAUAGAGUAUAUCAGAUUCGCCUAUAUAGUCAUAGUCAUAGAGACCGUAAUUAAUACGAUCCUUGUUUGUUUGACGAUAUCGCCACUUGUUAACAACAGUAUAUAAUUGUUUUGUGGAAAGGUCACGUUACCUGGAAUACUAUUUAGGGAUACAUGAACUGAUGAAGUCACGUAGACUUUCGCAAAGUCCUUCGUCUUUGUUAAUAGAACGAAGGAAUUCUCAAGGAAGUAAUUUCUUGAAGAGUAAGAUAAAUACAUUUGAACAAGCUUUCGUUGGUAUGGAUGCACUGAGCUAGCUGAAAAAAUAUGAGGAGAAUUUCGACGUUCGAAAUUCUCCUUAUAUUUUCCAGGUAGCUGCAUCCCUACCAACGAAAGCUUGUUCAUUUGAUUGGCACUACCUACACUGGCAAAGACAGUUCAGGAUUAUUUUCAUACCUUUAUAAGUCAUAUCCGCUUUUAUCCAAAAGGAUAAAACGCGGAUAUGGUCCGAAAACGUAAGUCGUGCGUCCCCCAUCCGUCCGUAUCCGCGUUUUAUCCUACCCCCGGAUCGUCAUCAGUGCAAAUAAUUUCUAUUUUCUCACCUCAUUUGACUGAAAGUAAUGAACACAAUCGUCACAAUUACUUCACAACACGUCACAGGAAUUGAAAUUUGAAAAUAAGUCUUGUAAUGUUUCAAAUCCGACUAUAAGGACUGGACUACAUUUCAAGUCCGCGCAAUUUGAUCACGCCCGAGGCGAAGCCGAGGACUGGAUCAAAAUACGAGGAUUUGAAAUCUAGUUCAGUCCGAAUUGGAGGAUUUGAAAUAACAUCUCAUACGAAUAAAUCACUACUUAAUUAAUUUUGAUCCAGUCCAAGGACUGAAUCAAUUUUGACCCAGUCCUAGAACUGGAUCAAUAUAUUUCAUCAGGUAUUCAGUAUUAUCAUGUGAGCAAAAUAAAGCAAUAUGGUUGGCUAAUUUACUCAUGAAUUAUUAAUGAGUUUGAGAUAUAUCGAUGACGGUCGGGGCUUACAGAUCGAAACCUUCGCCAAAUAAAUAGGGAGUUUACGAUCUACGACGCGGCCGGCUCGACGACGCGCUUUCAAAACAAAGAAAUUUGGUGUUUCCAUAAACAAUAGUAUUAUGUGUUUUAUCGCCAUGCAAACCUACAAAGAAUUUACAAAGAAAUUUGUCAUGCAAGACAAAAACUGUCAAUAAUUUGUGGUCCCAUGAGCAUUGUCAACCGCGUUGUCAUUCUCAACACAAAGUUAAAAAAGCAUUAUUACGUCUUUCAGGCAACGCGAAAGCUUAAUGCGACACAAGAGGUAUUACUAAAAGUCGAAAUUACAGCAAACAUUGCAUCGCUUUAGCCGAACGUGGCAUUUUGUAAGGUUAUUUGAAAGCGUCAAAUAUUUAUUACAGUAAUCGAAUUGCUUAGCGCUCAUUCUUGAGCUAAAAUUUAGACCGCGUCGUUGAGCCGGCCGCGUCGUAGAUCGUAAACUCCCUAAUAGCAAAUAAAUAAACGCGGUUCCGCAAAAUUAUGUCAGAUUAACUGAUUAACGCUUUGGUGGCGUAGUUGUCAGAGCAAGCGCCUUUCACUUCCGAGUUCGUGGGUUCGAUUCUCGCUACGAAUUCAUGUGAUAAGAGUCCGUCAACGCUCAGCCGAAAGUCGUGGGUUUUCCUGGGUGUCCGCUUUGACAGGGUGGGAAUGUAAUAUCACAAUUGUUGUGAAGGUAAUAUACAAAUAAUGAAUGUUUAUUCGUGCAAUGGUAAGAAUAUUUUCAUGUCGAGGUGAAAGAUGGAAUGUUCCAUUCAACGAGGCCAAGUUUGAAGUUGAAUGGAACAUUCCAUCUUUCACGGAAUGAAAAUAUUCUUACCAUUGCACGAGUAAACAUUCAUUAUUUGUUUUAUAUAAUACCAAAAUAGACCAAUAGAUUCGUAUGAGAAGCAUUUUGACGGAUGCGAUUUAUCGAAAACACAAAGAGUGCAAUGGAAUAAAACGUAUAGUACAAUUGCACUCGCAAAGAGUGCUUUCAUAAUGUUUAACAUGAUGAUUAUGUAAAAACUCCGUAUUUGGUCAGCUAUUGAGUUAAAUGAUAUGACUAGAAGUUACUAUCGCAAGGAAAGUGCUGCCUCACCCCCAAGGGAUCAAAGGCAGCAUGCGCAAUUUGCUAAAUAAGGGGCUGUUUAUAAGAACCCGUUUUGCCAGGACGAGAUGUGAGGCGGGAUGAUUUCGAUGUAUUGAAAGGAGUCACAGUGCACAAUUCAGCAACAAAAAACUUCAUUAUUUUCUAGCAAUGAUUCAACAGUCACCUGUUAGUCGAUCAGAAACCAUGAAUCUUUUAAUUUAAAUAAAUAAUAUGUUUCGCUCAACAUUUCAUUUAUAAAAUUAACAUUGAGCCACAUUAUAUUUUAAACCUUGUUAUAUACAGAAGAGUUCAAUAUCUUGUUGGUUUGUAUUUUGACGCCAUCUUGGUUGAUUUUCAAGCCACUAAACUACAUUGAAGUUUGUAUGUCAUCAAUACAUCGUCGAUAUUAUCUAUCGAACUAAAUUUUCAAGGAUCAACAUUAGCGCUGUACUAAAAAUUAACACUGAAUUUGAAUAUAUAUUAAUUGACAUUCCCUAAAAUGGGCUUUUCAAUGACAAUUUACAUAAAUUUUAAAAGAAAUUAUAAAUUAUCGACAAAAUUUACAACAAUCUUAUCAUUAAUGAUUAAUUAAUACAGGUUAUUACGUGAACUAAAAUUAUACUAUAUAUUAUAUUGUAGUUUAUGAGUUAAAAGUUGAAAAGAAAGACAUCGCAAGAAUUGUCUUAAGUUUCGUCUUAAAAUAAUUCAAAUCACUAAUUGAUUUCAGCUCUGUAUCUAGACCAUUCCAUAUAUUAGUCCCUCGGUAUUUGAACGAUCUUUGACCGAUCAAUGUCCUAAAUUUUGGAAUAUCCAGGUCUCCAUUUCUUCUAGUACAUGUAUCUCGGUUAUGAAUUCUGUUUCGUUGUUCAAAAUUAUCACAUAAAUACUGUGGAGCUUUGUCACUCAUGUGUUACCCUGGGUUUAUUUCCAUGAAAAUACACGAUUCUAUUUACGAUUUUAUAAAACCAAACGCUUUUAUUCAUCAAAUAUGAAAGAACCAUGCUCUCUUAACAGGUCAUUUGACAUUCACCAGAUCAGGACCUUCGCUAGGAAUGUCUCCAUUAAUCUCUAGCAUUCUUUGCGCGUGGGUCGAUGACUUAGCAUAUUGCGGUAGGCCGACUCCCUUCCGUAUCGCCCAUGCAUCCUUGACGUAGUUUAUAUAAAUUGUGUAGUCAUUGUAAACGCCCUAUUAUUUAGACUAUAAAUAUAGAGAGAUUGUCCUUAAUAAAGCAGAUUCUAACUGAGUGUGUUGAAGUGAUUAUUGGGAUCCCGGGACGCUACAAAUUAAAGCAAUAUGUCUUCAAGUAUUUUACCGGGACGAUUUGACAAUGGUGAUUUCGAGUGUUGGUUGCGCGAGUUUGACGCGUGUUGUGACGCGAAUGGCUGAAAAGUAGCUGGGGAGCGCGACGAUAAGAUUUUGAAACUGCCAGCGUUCCUUCGUGGUAAAGCUGCCAGUCAUUUGUAUGCAAUUCCAGCCGAACGACGUACGAAAUACAAAGAUGCCGUCGCUGAACUGAAGAAAUCCUUAUGUCCUGCUGCCCAACGCGAGACGUUUUACGCUUUAUUCGAAGGUCGUGCCCUCCGAACAGGUGAAGAUCCGGGCGUCUACAAAUGGGAGUUAGAAAAUCUCCUCGCCAAGGCUGAUCCCGAGUUGUCUGAUGACGCCAAAACAGCCUUAAUUCAUCGACAGUUCAUGAAAGGUCUCCCCAAUAUUUUAAAACUCAAAUUGCUGGAACAUAAUCCAACUCCAAACCUCGACGAGAUGCUGUCAUUUGUUCAACGAUACCGUGCUGUCGAGGGCUUUGCAGCCCCCAUAAUCGCUAGCGAGUAUCCUUCCGCUAGUUCAACGAUGCCUGCGCCCGAUAAUAACUCGCAAUGGUCGCAAUUGAUUGUAAACGCCCUAUUUUUUUAGACUAUAAAUAUAGAGAGAUUGUCCUUAAUAAAGCAGAUUCUAACUGAGUGUGUUGAAGUGAUUAUUGGGACGCUACACUACGACUGGUUCUGGUCUCUGGGCCGAUCUGUAUUCUUCGAAGUUUAUGUCUGACUAGCCAUCUUCGUCCGUGUCGGAUUCUCGUGCUUCAUUCAUUGCUUCAUCAGUAACGUGGGAUGUUUUGACAGGUCGCUUUUUCCGAUUUCUACUAUUCCUUUUGUUCUCUGUGUUCCCUGUGUUUGCUGAUUGUUGCUCCAAAAAGUGACGGGAUAGAAGCAGGUUUCUAUGAAGAACACGUACUCUUCCUUCUGCUCCUUCCGAUUUUACUUUGUACACUGGGCUAUCUUGACCUUUUCGUUCGACGACAAUGUGUAUCUUGUCUUCCCAAUAAGCUCUAAGCUCUGCAGGUCCCCCACGUUCGCUCAAGUUACGAACCAGGACUCGAUCACCUGGAUUAAGUGCCGAACUAUGUGCUCUCUUUCGCUUUCUCUCUCCUCGUGUGUGAAGUUGGUGCCCCGUUCUCUUUCUAACGAUCUCGUACGCAUCUUUCAUAGCCGUAGCCCACUGUUCCACAUACUUUGGAUAACUUACACUCUGCGAUAGAUGACACAGUCCAAAUAUCUGGUCAAUAGGUAGUCUUGGUGCUCUACCAAACAAUAGGAAGAAUGGUGCGAAUCCUGUUGCAUCGUUCCUCGUACAGUUAUACGCAUGAACGACUUUGUCUAGACUGUCUGCCCAAUUCGACUUCUUUUCUUCUGGCAGAGUUCUGAGCAAGGUCUGGUUGAAUCGUUCGGCCUGCCCAUUUCCCUCGGAGUGGUAUGGCGUUGUUCUAGAAUGUUGUACUCCACAAAGUUCCUCUAGAUGUUUAAACAGAUUGUUCUCAAAUUCACCGCCUUAAUCGUGAGUUCUAGCAGAUUUGUUACGGGUUGCAUAUGCCUGGGCGAAUCGGAUGAAGUCAUCUACAACGACCAAGCGCUGAAAUUACGCUGUGGCAUUGGUCAAGCCGAAAGGUAUACGCACCCACUCGUAUAACCCCCAAGGGGUUACAAAGGCAGUCAUAGGUCUACUUUUUACAUGCAUAAACCCUUGGUGGUAUGCUUUGCCUUGGUCCACUAAAGAAAACCACUUGUUUCCACCCAACCCAUGUAGUGUAUCCUAUACUCUCGGUAAUGGGUGUCUAUCUGGAGUAGUAGUUUGUUCAAUUCGCGAUAAUCGACACAUAAACGUAAUUCACCAUUCUUUUUACGAACACAUACGACGGGAUGAAUAUGGGGACUUUGACUUCGUUAUCCCCCCGCGGUUUAGCAGAUCUUCGAUAUAUUGUUUGACUUCGGGGUACAAAGGUCGUGGAAUAGAGUUGUAGGUUUUCUGGACUGGUGUUUGGUCCUUCAUAUUCAGUUUCAAUUCAAGUUCCUCUAUGCAGCCUAUAUCGUCAUCGGAUGUUGAGAAGGAUUCUUUUUCUUCUUCGAGCAUUUGUUUCACCAUGACCCGUUGUUGUGUUGUAAGACCACUGAGGUCUAAAUCGUUGAUGGGAUUAUAGUCAUUAUCUUUGUUUUCUGUAGUUUGUGACGUUUGCACUCCAUCUUCCAUUGUAGGCAUUGUGCAGUUCUUUCCAGGUUCAGAAUAAACCGAGUUAACAGCUUGUGUCUUACCCAAGUCUACAUCCUUUAGACGAACUUCCUGUGGUGUUACUGAUUUUACUAACUGUAAUGCUCUCAAAACUGUUUGUUUGUUAAGUGUAAGGUCAUGAUUGCUGGUGUUAGAGACAUUAAUUUGGACUCGACAGGAUGACCCAUGGGGAAUGGUUAGCAGUUCUUCAGUUAUUUGCAAACCACUUGGCCAUGACUGUUCACUACUAUAGGUUCAAAAAGUACUGGUAUCCGCUUUUCGACAGGUCCUAUAUUUGCACGGCACUUAAUACUAACAGUUCUUUUGCGAGGAACAACUACGUCCUGUUUAACGGUCUUCACGAAACACAGGUGCUCAGGUGAUGGGGCUUGAAUCAAACUCACAAGGGAUUGUAUCUUUUCACAAUUAACAUCAGGAAAUGAAGCUGCCCAUUCCAUCACAAUUUGAUCUGGUACCUCGUCGUUCUUAACUAAUUCUUCUAUUACAUUAUUCCCAAUGAUUGGAUAAUCAAGCGUUUCGUGAGUCACUAACAUUGGCACCAGAAUUGUCCGAUCCGUGCUUGAUGUUUCCAAUUUAAACUCAACUACAACAAAACCUUCAUAUGGCAUGGGUGUCCCAUUAGCAGUUUUUAAGUCAAGUUCUGUCCCAUCAUUAAAUAAGGAUUCAAUGUUCCUAAUCUCAAUCAACUGAUCAAAUCUCGACUCAAGACUCAAAUCCUCGGAUUUUCUCGAGAAAUACACGGCAUUGAUUCUCAUCUUCAAUCUGGGCUACUUGCUCCUCAAUUUCUCUUCGAGUAGUCGAGUAAUACUAAGUUUUGAUUUUCCUUGAUAUUUCACCUCGUCCAAUUUGAGAAAUACUGCUAGUUUAAUCAAUAUACCUUCGCUUACUUCGCACAGUGUCUUUUCUAAUUGUAGCUGAAGCUCUUCCACGUCCAUUGCCAUAUUUAAACUUUAGCACAGUCACAAAAAUUAUCCAAGAUUCAUACGGUACGAACUAUUUCACGAAUAUUUAUAUACACAAAACUUCAUUUUCCCAUCAAAAUUGCAUAUUUACUUGUAAUUAUAUCCCACCGCUGCCACCAAAUGUUACCCUGGGUUUAUUUCCAUGAAAAUACACGAUUCUAUUUACGAUUUUAUAAAACAAACACUUUUAUUCAUCAAAUAUGAAAGAACUAACAGUUUUCUCUCGUAUGGCCUUAUGGGCCACAUUUGGCACAGAAUGCCCUAAUUAUUAUCCGGGUUACACAUGCACUUAGAUGUUAAUAACGCAUCUCUAUACAAUAGGUGCAACUUCGUACCCUGGGUCGUUCCUCUUGGCGAGAGGAGAAAAGACUCUGGUAGACGCUGGUCACGUGAUCUGCUAAAAUCUACCAGCUUUUUAAUUAGCAAUCCAAAAUUAGGUCAAUAAAUGUUUCAUAUUUGAAUAAUUUUUCUGUAUGAUUGUCGUAUAGAAAUCCAAGAUAGUUAAUUAGAAAUCUGCCAGAUUUUAGCAGAUCACGUGACCAGCGUCUACCAGGGUCUUCUCCACAAGAGGAAAGACCCUGGGUACGAGGUUGCAAUAGGUGUUCUUUGAUUGACAACCACCCUAGCGCGUUUAAUGUAGGCACCCCUGUGUUUUUUCGGGCUGCGCAAUUUUGGAUUAAUUGAAUCUUUUUGAUAUUGCUAUGGGACUAUACUGUUGAACAACAGUUAAUUUUACUCAUGACUAAUGUAUCGAUGAUUGUAGCCAGUAGUGUUGACUGAUCAAAGUUGUGUUUCACCCGACCAAUCUGACGCAAUUUUGAGAUACACGAUGAGGAUCAGUGCUUGUAUAUGUUUGUCGUACAUACGUUAGAUGAGAAUCCCAAAGCAAAAUCCUUAACUUAUAUGUCACAGGUGUACGAUUUCCCCCUAUAAAAUUAUUAUGGACGGGAGAUUCCAAUUGACCACAUUUGGGCCGAAAGUGGUGCAUUUGCCCGUGCGUAAUGCAAAUUAAUACAAAAUUUGCAAAUUUCGUAGGGCUAUAUUUUCCUCAUUUUACAACAUUUCGCAACCAAACUUUGCAAUUUUACUCAUUUUAACAUGCUCUUUCUAGCUGUGGUGAUGGAUUUUGUUCUUCUUGCCGAGAUCAAAAUUUAGUCUAUAGCUGGAAUCAUCCGUUAACCAAGAUGCCGCCUAUUAAAAUGGCACUAGUAUGCAUGUAGUGUAUGUAUGUAGUAUACAUUACAUACUUGUGGUAUAGUAGUAUAUGUAUUUUGAAAACCAUUACUGUACAUAUUUUAUUUGUUAAUUACCUCCGCCAGGAGGUUAUGUAAUCAUCUGGGUUUGUAUGUGUGUGUGUGUGUAUGUGUGUGUGUGUGUAUGUGUGUGUGUGUAUGUGUGUGUGUUUGUCUGUGAGCACGAUAACUCAAGAAAUACCAAACAUAUCCGUACGAAAUUUUGUGAGUGCAUUUCCCAUCGGCUACGGAAGAACUGAUUAAAAUUUGGUUGAAUUUGGUUAAAAAUUGAAUGAGAAAUAACAAAAGUUUGUCUUGCUUUUCCCGGUCAAUUAAAUAAAACUUUAUACUGAAUGCGUAAUUAGGACGUGCAUAAUAUAUGCACCAGCCAUUCAAAUUCUAAUAACAAUAGAUUACUUCAAUAUUUUGCGCGUAGGCGGAGGUAUGCAGUCUCUGAGUGCCCUCUAGUUUUCAUUGCAAUUACUUAACCGGAUUUCCUUUUUAACAGUCACCCUGUUAAACACCCUUUGGACGACAGUGGCUUUAUUUCCUUUAUAUUUCUGUCAUGGGCUACGCCGAUGAUAAUGAAAGGUUUUAAGAAACCUCUGGAGACAUGCGACCUGGGCAAACUAUCACGAAGCGAUUCAGCGGCCGUAAAUUAUAGACGAUUUGAACGAUUCUGGGCUGAAGAAGUGAAAAAGAAAGGAAUAAAAGAUGCUUCAAUUGGAAGAGUGAUUUAUAGAACUGUGAGAACAAAAGUCAUUGUUAGUGCACUAUUGUAUGUGCUGAUGUUACUCAUUAUGUUCGUUGGUCCGGUACGUUUAUUUUAAAUCGACUACUAUUCUUUUGUUGUCUUUUGUUGUCUUUUGUAUGUCAAUUUAAUUUAGAUGUUUUUAGUAUUUGUGAUAUUUUAUCUUUUACUUUCUUUCAUUUCUUAUUUUAUCUUCCCCUUCUUACGCCAUGCAUGAUGCAUGUUUUUACGCCUCUAUAUAGUAAGACACGAUAACUGUAUUUGAUUAAUACAUAUUAUAUAUUACGUUACGCGAAAGUAUCUACCCAGGGUACCGUGUAUAAAAAGAUUAAUAAUACAAGCCAUAUUUUGCGCUGUGGAUGAGUAAGGUGAAGUGGAAUGUGGUAGAAUGAGGUGGAGUGAGGUGAGAGUAUUUCAUAUCUUUGAUAAAUCAAUAUUUAUUCUAAUUCAAAAUGGUCACAUUUUCAUAAUUUGAAAAAAUUGACAUGACUUAUUACACUGGCCUGUAGGCCAAGUGUCUUAAAUCCCUCUUUUUCUGUUUUUUUUUUUCGUAGUCGAGAAAUCGAGUUUGCGUUAGCUCAUCGCAGGCUCAGGGUGCAACGAUUAAGCCAAAAUGCCGUCGAUUUCCUCGGUUCCAUAAUUUGAAUAGUAUAGUAUUAAGUUUUUACGUAUUUAUGUACGUAAUAGCCGACUCAUGCCAUGCUUGUGGUACAAGCGUAUGGGCUAAUAAACGAAAAAUGUACGCACGCGCACAAUUCCGAACUCCAAUGGUGGCUUUUCACAGAGUGAUCAAACUAUAUUUUACACAGUUUCGUUGAAUUUUCAAAGAAUUGUGCCGGUUUCCUAUGGAUUUUACGUUGUGUCGUAUUCUGGACUUUCUUGCGUGUUGAAUUAAUGUGUUUUUCUUUGUGUAACAACUCGAAAACCACAAAAUUUGGACCCAGCGAAUUUGUACAAUAUAUAAAAGGAUAUUUAAACAAGGACAAGUUAAAGGUUUGACAGUUAGACUUUUUAAUAAACAGCUAAAAAUAUACGUCGUGGACUCAUGACAUUCGUUGUGUACUUGUGUUAAUUUUUGCGUCGCAAUCUGGACUUUCUUGCCUGUUGAAUUCUGUUAGAACGCACUGUUCGAAAGGUCGUACGCUAUUGGCUGAACGAUACUAUUUGGUGGUCGUGGUGGUCGACCAAUCAAUAAUGCGUUUUCUAUUAUGACAUCAUGAAUUGACAGUUGAUCAAUACGAGUAGGCUUAUAGGUCGUUUUAUAGCUUAUAGUAUAUGGCUCCAAAGUAUAGUUCGUACUGGUUUAUAUAAGUUGGAAAUGUGUUGGUUUAUAUAAGUUAGGAAUUAUAUAAGUUAGGGAUGUGAAGUUUUCGUAAAACCAACAAAGAUUGCGUGAGGUUCGUCAAAUAGAAGUAGAUCGCGUGAGGAUUGUCUUUAGACUCUACAGGAAUGUACUAUCAGUAUGACAGCAUUCGUGUCAUAUUUCACUACACAGCCGUAUUAAAUCAUAUCGAAAUAUUUUGCGGCUUGUAAUCAGUUGUAUUGAAACUUCCAAGCCUUUCAUUAUGUUUAUAUUUUAAAAACUGAAAUACAUAAUGAAACAGCUUAUAAUUAUAUGUUUGAAAUGCAGGGGCAAUAAACAUGCAUGAACAUCAAUAUGAAUAAACAUGCAUGAUACAUGCAUGUAUGAUGUAUUUGACAUAUACGAUAUAGCAUGUGAUACAUAUGCCCCCGUAUAAGCCCGUAUUCUAAAAGCUCACUCACAUAACUCACUCACUUUCUGAAGAUACUGUUAACAAAUUAGAGUCAUUAUUCUGUGAACAAAAUGAUGCAGAUAGCAGUUUAGUUGAUAUUGAUGUGAAUGUUAACAAUUUCUCUGAAAUAUUAUUUGAAUCAUCUCAGAAAAUACUAAAACGUAAAAAGCAAAUUAAUAAAAACAAGAACAAAAAACAAAGACAGAAAUGGUACGACGAAAACUGUCAUACGCUCAAAAAGAAUCUAAGAAAUUUGGGAAAAUUACUGACAAAGUAUCCCAAUGAUCCCUUUUUACGCCAUAAUUUCUUCGCAAAAAGAAAAGAAUAUAAAAAGUUAAUAAAGAAAAUGAAGAGAAAGUUUCAUAAUUCAUUGCUGGAGAAAAUUCAAAAUUUAUCUGAUAGAAAUCCUAAUGAAUUUUGGAAGUUAGUUAAUACAAUAAAGACAAACAAAUCUUCGGGAACCUGUAAUGAAAUAUCGCCAACCGAGUGGUUUGAUUAUUUUGAAAAUUUAAAUAGUUUCAAUGACCAUGGUGACAAGAAUAGUCAUGGAGUACAAAUUGUAAAAGACUAUAAUAUUUGGGCAGCGACAAAGAAUGAAACGCUUGACAAACCAAUUUCUUCUGUGGAAAUUUAUAAUUUAUCAAAAAAGUUAAAAAACAAAAAAGCUUCUUCAGUGGAUUCUUUAUCCAAUGAAAUAAUCAAAUUAGCAGUCAAAGCCUUACCAUUAUAUUUUGUUAAAAUGUUUAACACCAUUUUAUCAAAAGGAGUAUUUCCAUCAGCUUGGGCUAAUGGCAACAUUGUUCCAAUAUAUAAAUCGGGCAAUAUACGUUUGACCCUGCAUGGUAAUUAUAGAGGAAUAUGUAUCAGUAGUUGCUUGGGGAAAUUUGUCACUUUAAUAAUGAAUACUCGUUUAAAUGAAUUCCUGGAAGAGAAUAACGUAAUAAAUAAGUAAAAUAAGUAAUACUGGGGAAUAACGUAAUAAACACAACUAUAUAUACUGUAUCUUCCAUAUACUAUCCGCUAACAUAUUUUACAAGCACGGUCAACCCAAGACUCUGUGAGGUUUGCUAUAGCCCCAAUACACAGUCACGUCAUUAUUCAAUGUUUCAUUAAAAAUCACAACAUCUCUCCAAUACCAUCCAUCUAUCUCCCUGAUGUUAUAUUUUAUUUUUGUUGAACCAAUGAGAUGGUUUGUCCAAAGCCAUUUUACAUGCCGUUCGACCCAUGUUCGCCUUUCUUUACAGUCAUUUCUAAUGAUAUUGACCCAAUAUCAUACCACGUUGAAACGCGAAACUGGCUCGGACUGCUUCGAACUGCUUUGGACAAUCAAUCCUUAUUAUAUAUAUUAUUUAUUUUUUGCCAGACCCUGGGCACCACGUUUUUUGUGUUUUGUAAAACAUAUAGGAUUAUUAGUCUAGGGCAUCUAAUUAGGUUUACCCUUUUGGCAUAACUAAAUGUUCUGCCCGAUUCCAUAAGCCGCAAUUUUGGUAGAUUGUACAACAUCUACCUAUUCUACCUAUCAAUAGUUAGAUACAUCACAUAAACCAUAGGCUUCAUUACAUAUUUCACGGCAUGGUUUGCUUUCAAGACCCUGUGAGUAUGUACAUAAUCUAACUGCACGAAUAAACCUACAAUCCUCACACAGACUUAGCUACAUGUGAUGGACAGAUUACGGAAACAGUACACAGUAUAAAGCAAGGAUUAAGUUUACAAUUUCUCAAUGCAUGGUCUACUUUCCAGACCCUGAUAAGAUAAAUUUAAGAAAACCAUUUAUUCAAAUGAGAUACAGGAAAAUUACACAACACAAAUCACAGGUCUUGUUACCAAUUCUAAAUUUGUAAUAUCGCAGUAUGGUCAAAUCCGACCCUGUGAUAAAUUCAGGUGCAUCAUCAAAUUACACCUAUAUCAAUUACCAAGUAACAACUUUACAUACAGUACAUGCUAACUUCAAUUAUGAUAUUUCUACAAUGGAUUUACAUAAAAAGACACAAAACAACGCACGCAUAAUACGCGUGCACCUUUUAUACAAUAUUUUGCGGCAUGGUCUACUUUCAAGACCCCCGUUGAAUAUAAAAGAAAUCCAUUAGAUAAAUAAUGAUUACAAGCAAACAGGUCCAAGACGCAUGUAGAGGUCCUAUUACCUAUUCCAAAAUUAAAAUAUUGCGGCCCAUGUCGAUUCUGUACGUUGGUCGGCAUGAUUUGCACGUGCAUCGAUCGAGCUAUAAACGUGGCGCGUGCGUGUGAGUAAAAGCCCGAUAUUUUGAAAAAUUCAAAAUAAAUAUUCCUACUCUGUGCCAUAUUCAAACGAAACUUUGUACAUGAAAGCGCUUGAAUACAAGAUGUAUUUUACCCACAUUGACUCUGAGCAAAUUCUGAAGAGUUACUAAAGAAUACUAAUGAAUACAUUGCCUGUUAAUGGGUUAAUAAGAGACAAAUUAAUUGGCAGAUGUGUUUGUUAACCCAUUUACUGACAGUACUCUGCCACUAACAAGUAAAAUCGUCUGGCGUUACACAGUGUAAAUUGGUCUGGCGUUAGCCAGAGUUAAUACUAAUUCAAUUCAGUUCAAUUUAUUGAUGAACGAGAAACUUAAAUGAUGAACGAGAAACAAAUUUGUGCAGGAAACAUUGGGGAUAUAACCGAGAAUUGUCUAGAAGUACACAUUUUUGCAUUCAUGAUCAAUUCAUAUGCCAAAAAGGCAGCACUUUCCUUGCGAUAGUAAUUCCUAGUUAAAGAUUUGCACCAUUACGUCUCCCGAAAAGGUCUUUUAUUAUUUUUCAAGAUUUGUAUUCCUGCCUUUUGCACCAUACCACGUAUGUCGUUAUCUUCAGGCCAGUGUGAACGCCUGAGCAGGCGUCUUGUCUUUUUUUAAAAUGAAGAACAAAUAAUUCAGUAUACUACAGGAAACCAUUUUAUACAAUUAAAUUUAAAUAUUUAAUAGGCUCCAAAAAUUGAUCUCUCCUUUCGGAGAUAACGCUAUCUUCCCCCCACUGUGUUCAGAGAUUCCUUACACAUGCAUGACUCAUUGCACCAACAUAUAGCUCUAAACGCCAUCCUAUAGACUUCAUCAGACAUCAACUCCACUUGAGCAAUAUUGCCAAAAGCCUGUGGAGUGAUCAUUUCUCAGCCAUAUGUCUAAUUUAUUUUCAUUUGACAAAUUUAGACGGUUUUACUUAAUUUUGUAAACUUUUUGUCUUUUACUUUUUGUAGGCUUUUAUAAUUAACAGAAUGAUAAAAUUUGUGGAGAUGAGAACAGAUUCAAUUGGAAAAGGAAUCGCAUUGGUAAAUACUUUUUAAAUUGCAUGGCCACGGAUAAUGUAUGUUUCCCCAGGAAGCUCGUAUAAUUAAUACACGAAGCUAAUUUUAGGAAUUCAGUGCGGGUACUGCAAUGUUAUUUUCUCUAUAGCCGAAGUACUAGCACUACUUGACCACUGUGAACGUUUCGAGAAAUCUAAUAACACUAUAUAUCGACAGGUUCGAAAUGUUAAUGGGGCUAUAUUUUAUGGGGUUUUUUAUGUAUAGUGUUUCAAUCUCACCCAAACUACCUUGGACCUACAUACAUUCAUAAAAAGUUUAUAUAACUUCAAAAAGCUUCAAUCAUUUUUUCGUAAUUAUGUCAUAUACUGUAGGUGGUUGGUCUUAUGGUGAGUGAAGUAUCUCGAAGUUGGUUCCAAUCAAUAAGCUUCAUGAUAAACCUCAGAAAUGGUUUAAAUGCGAGAUCCAUGGCAUGGAUGAUGGUCUAUAACAAAAUGGCCAGGUUGAAAAAUGCUGGAGAUAAAUCAAUAGGAGAGGUAAUGUUAUGGGACCAUCCAUUAUAAUGAUUUCUAAAUGUAUUUUGUGUUGCGACACAUUACCAAUUAUUAUAUCAAUUACGCUAUACUUAUCAUCUUAUAUAAGAAAACAGUCGAGCCCGGCAAACUCGAAAUUUUUUAAACGCUUAGCCAAUCGGCAAAACGAAAGUGAAGCCUCGCCUCGUUUAUGCGUCAGUAGUGUCAUCCACGCCGGUCCGCACGUGAAUUUCAGUUCUCUGACGUUCAAUUGCGUUCAUGGCCAUGACAGUGACGUAAAGUGGCGUUGGCAUUUUUUUUGCUUCUCUUUUUAUAUUUUAAAUAUGCAUUUUUCGCUACUAUAUAUAUAUAUAUAUAUAUAUAUAUAUAUAUAUAUAUAUAUAUAUAUAUAUAUAUAUAUAUAUAUAUAUUAGCAAAAAGUGCAUAUUUAAAAUAUAAAAAGAGAAGUUGGGUGACAAAUUAAAACAUAGCGUCAAAGCAAAACUGCAUGACUGCACGGCUGUUGCUUUUGUUUGAGCACAUUGAAGUAUUAUAAUGGUCCACAGCUGUGUACUAGUCGGUUAAAUUUUUGUCACCAAAAAUGGCGGAUUAUUUUUGAUGACACGUCAUAUUGCAAGACCUGAAUAACUUUCCACAUUUUUGAGGACUGAGAGUAUCUGACGCGUUUUAGAGUGAAUGGCCGAUUUGAAAUUAACACUUUUUUAUAUCUUAUGCAUGAACAUAAAUGUAUUUUUGUCCAGUUAGCUUAAAAUGUGUCCGUCAAAAUAAUCAUACGAUUUUCUUGUCCAUUUUUCAUUAAAAUUGUUUAAUCUGAGAAAAUGUGAAAAAUUGUACUUGAUACAGUAAACAGUAUACUCGAAAGAUGUAUAACGGGAAAAUGUAUAAUUUUAGGCGACGUUGUGGCUUAUUGUUUAAUCUUCUAUUAAUAGCUUGUAAACAUUUGUGCUAGUGAUGCCCAGCGAGUAUUUGACUGUUUCUUCUACGGCUUUUUUGUAAUUGGUAAGUAAAUUAAUAAUUAUUUUUCUAACAUUUAUUUCUAUGAAAUUCCUCAUUAAAACAAUCUUCUUUGACUAUAGGUGGACCUUUCGCACUUAUACUUGUCAUAGCUUACACAACAUACAUACUAGGACCUUCAGCUUUGCUUGGAUGUGUUAUAUUGUUUUUCAUGUUUCCAAUCCAGGUUAGUUUUUAAGAUUAAUUUCAUCGACUACAAUACAGGCAAAAACGAAUGAAACACCCUGCAUGAUGAACAAUUUUCUCUAAAUAAAUUUAACCCCUUCCCCCUACAAUGUUGAUUGAGUUGAAUACUGAAAGACCCCACGUGCAUGCAUGGUGCUGCAUCGAUGAACUACAUGUAUUGUAAACAUUUUCAUAGUUGUAUAGUACAACCAACAUUGUUUAAGGCUUGCGCCGGUUUCCUUGACUUUUUUCCAAGAUUGUAUAUAGGGUGUACAGCAGCAGAGUUUUACUAACUGUGAUAGUCCAGCACAUUGUGGUCAACUUCAAAGGAAAGUUGUCAGAAUGUUUAAAUUGUUCACUGUCACUCAUAUAUUAGCAAAAUUUGCCCGCUCCCAUAAGUGUCAAAACACAAGUAAUUUGCCACCAUGUGUAGCACCAUAUAAAUCACUUAGCUGCUAAAACCCACCUGUAAUAAUCUAGGCUGCAAAUAAUGUCUGAACUUUUUCAUUCUUUUUUUGUGAACAAGGCCUUUAUUGGGAAAAUUAUCGGAAAGUUGAGAACGAAAGCAGUUGUUGUAACUGAUCGAAGAGUAAAACUGAUGAAUGAAGUGUUGAGUUGUAUAAAGUUAAUCAAAAUGUACGCCUGGGAAAAGUCAUUUGCUAAAGUGAUUGGAGGUAACAUAGAUUUGCGCAGAAUGAUAUAUUGUCAUGCGCAGAGUAUUUAGAGAGCUUGCGUUCUACACAGGAACUAUACUAUUUGGAAAUUGAUGAGAAAGUGCAGUUCUGCAUGACUGUGUGUGCAUGA